CACACACACACACACACACACACACACACACACACACACACACACACACACAACGCAAAAAACACUGCCACAGCCUCUCAGCCAGUCAGUGUUCCACCAGCCACAGGGGGAGGUGUUGCUGCCUUAUCCGCUCUGACUACAAGCAGUUCGUCUUGGCACUGAGAAAGGGAGAAGGAGGCAGAAUCUUACCCUUGUGUCCUGCUAGACUGACUGAAAAGGACUGGUGCUGCUGUGUCUUGUCAGUCAGUCAGUCAGUCAGUCAGUCGGAGAGCACAUCAGAUAGCCAGUUAACCAGUCAGCCAGCCAGCCAGCCAGCCAGUCAGUCAGUCAGUCAGUCAGCCACACACAAAGUUGCAGGGAUGAUAAAGGACGUGGAGGCGGUGCGGAAGAAGGUGGAGGCUGGCGGGGUGACCUUCCAGUACCUUCACGUAGACAGCCGCACCCUCGCCAGGUACCUCAAGGCGCACGGUACACCUGAGGAGGCAUACCAGAAGAUGGUAGCGACGGAGGAGUGGCGGAGAGACUUCAAGGUGGCCAGUAUCUGCGCCACCACGCCUGGAGUUCGCCGUAUGAGCGCCUCGAAUUUGGCUGAGGUGGUGGAGGGCCGUGACAAGCUGGGCCGUCCCGUGGUGGUGGUCACUGCCAGGAACCACAGUCUGUUUGGCCGGGAUAUGGAUGACAUGACGCAGUAUAUUGUUUAUGUAUUGGAGCUGAUCUGCGCGAGGUGCGGGGACGAGAACGAGGCAGAAAUCCCUGACAACAUGUGCCUGGUAUUCGAGAUGCGAGGGUUCGGCUUGUCCUGCAUGGAUUACCCGGCGCUGCGCAAACUCUUCAACGUGAUGACCGACCACUACCCAGAGCGGCUCGGGGUUUGCCUCAUACUGAAUGCGCCUUUUAUAUUCUCCGGCUGCUGGCCCAUCAUUCGCUCCUGGCUGGACGAGAAUACAGCAUCCAAGAUCAAGUUUGUGAAAUCAGACACGAUAAAAGAGUAUUUAGACACGUCCAUAUUGCCCCAUGACAUGUAACGCACGCACGCACACACACACACGCACACGCACACGCACACGCACACGCACACACACACACACGCACACACACACACGAUUUUUAAAGACAGUUAUUUUAAGGAUGAAAAAUAUUAGUUACUGUAAAGGAGGAGGAGGAGGAGGAGGAGGAGGUGGAGGAGGAGGCUACUUUCGUGUGUUCGUGUGUUUGUUUCUCUUGGAAGUUGAUGUGUCACUGUUUCUUCUUC